AUGUCACAAUUCAGCCGCCAGGCAACAGCUCUGCCUGCUCCUCCCAUGCAACCUGCUGUCCAAAGCUCCAUCAACCAAAAAAGACAGUUGCAGCAGUUCUACCUCCACAAACUGUUUGAUCUAGAGCUGGAUGUCGAAUUCCUUCCUUUGAUUCCACAAGACCCUGUUGGGGCUGCAAUUCAGAUGCAAGAGUCCAUGGCGAUGCAGAAGGCUCAAUACGCCAUGAGCCCAGGAAUGAGUCCACUCCAUAGACAAGAGGCUAUGGCCUUGUACAACCAGGCAGCUCAGCGUUCGAGGCGCCAUAGCAACCAGUUCUUGCAGCAGCACUUGUUUGGUGGAAAGAGGGCAAACUAUACGCUGUACCGCAACCACUAG